CUGCAAAUUUUCACAUCAUCCGGAACAGCAGCAAUUUUCACCGUCUGCCAAUUCCUACCGGGUCCGUUUGUGAGGCGAAUUUCGAGGCGGAUUACGGAAUCACAAGAACCUGCAGAUUCACGUGCGAUAACGAGUUGUCUCUCUAAAGACAGACACAUAGACGUAUAAGCAGUAGAUUGUGUCCUUCCAGAGGACGAAAUCUACUUCUAGACUUCUAGAAUCAGCAUCUCCUCAUCCAUGGUGUCAUCGGGGUGAAAUGACGUCUAAAAACCUUUCACUUGUUCGUCUCUGACGGAUGUUUUAUUCACUCUUGUGAUCAGCUGAGGAGUCCGGCGAUCCUCAGAGGAACGGAAAGAAGUCGGUGUAAAUUGACACGUUAACUUGAAUGGUUACGAUCAGCUACGAUCGGAGGAUACGACCUUUUAGGAGACGAUCAGGAUGAAGGUGGAGGUUGGGGGUUAGACUCCUUCCUUCCACUUUCGCCAAAGUCAGCGAAGAAUCGAACUACCUGAUGACUGAAUGAGGCUAAAAUGAAAGUUUUAAUUGUUGACUUCUGUUGGUCUUUAGUUCUGGUUGGAAAGACGACGAACAAGUGAAAGGUUUUUAGACGUCAUUUCACCCCGAUGACACCAUGGAUGAGGAGAUGCUGAUUCUAGAAGUCUAGAAGUAGAUUUCCUCCUCUGGAAGGACACAAUCUACUGCUUAUAUGGUUAGCCUCUGUGGCUAAAGACAACUUGAUUCCUGCUGUCAGUAAUCUGCCAUGAAGUUCGUGAGAAAUUGCCGCUGUUCCAGAUUGGAGCCGUUCCGGUUGCGGUGGAAAUUGGGGGUCAGCUGUUGUUUCCUGGUGUAGCACGCCAACAGAAAAUGACCUGAUGACUGAAUGAGGCUGAAAUGAGGGUUUUAAACGUUGUUCUCUGGUCAGAGUGGCCAUGUCUUCUGUUGGUUUUGAGUUCUGGUUGGAAAGAUCUUGACUUGGAUUUUGGUCCUGGUAGCUGUCCCGUUCCAUGUCCUACAUUCACCUGUACGUUUAGGAUGCCGUGACCAAUCACAGCGCUCACCUUAAAUAAACAGGAAACUCUAAAGAAUGAAACUCAGAUGGGCAAAACUGCAGUUCCUCAAGUGGGCUGUUUCCGACCCCGUACAACCGUCAACAACAACAGCAGGUCGGUGUCAGACGUCAGAAGUGUCUACAACUGCUGCUGGGCAUUUUGGAGAAACAAGAAGAUGGAGCAUCGUACAGCGUUGUUUUUGUCCGACAUGAUGGACGCGCUACUUUUUCCUCCUCUCUGGUGUUCUUGAUCCGGGGUUUCAGGGGGCGUGGCGCACAUGCAUUGUCUGAUCAUACUCCGACUACGCUGGUUACAUGGUCAAGAAAAUCGAAUUCCAAUCACAUCAUCUGGGUGUCCUAGGGUCCGGAACGGCUGUGCUCAAAUCCGGCACGGCAGGUAGAUCAAAUACGCAAUCAGAAUCCAUCCGUCAUACGUCCAGCAGCCGGAUCAGAUGCUCAAGGCUUCUCUAUGUGCCGGAUGCCACAGCACAGCGCAUCGCAGCAGCGGAAGUUGUACAUAGUCGAUACGUUGAACUGUUCUUAGCUUGGCAAUAGGAGAGGCCAGGGUUGUAGGAUGUGGGUGUUCAUGUACACCGACUGGUGGAUCUCAUUCAGUGUCUUACAGGGAAAGAUCUUGUUCAGUCUUGCGAAUCAGUAAUAUCGCGAGAGAUUGACCUUCGACGGUGGCUGCGGAUCAGAGCCAGUGGACGUUGUAUGGUUGCGUUCCGGAUCCUGUGGAAUUCCCGGGAUUAUCAGAGUACUCUGACUCCGAUUAUAGUCGGACUAAGGUGUUUACAUGCACUUCAGUUGUCCGGUCUUUAUCGGAGUAAGGCGAUAAUUCGGACUGGUUCGGACUGAUUGUUGUCAGGGGAUUCAGUCGGCUCAUGACGUAACGAAACGUCCCUGUUUCCAUCCCAGCGGUGAUGAUUCUGACCUUUCUCACAAAAACGACGACGACACUGUCACCUCGCUGUGUGGUCGAGAGACAUCCGCUCACAGAGGGGGGAGAGAGGGAGAGAGGGAGAGAGGGAGGGGGAGACAGAGCUGUCGAGGGACAUGAGCAAUAGGUUUAAUUAAUUCAGAGAGAACUGUAACACUCUCUCUCUCUCUGUUUCCCACUGUCAGUCUAGCUCUCUCGCCCCCCUCUCUCCCUGUUAUAUAACUCUAUUGAAGCUCUCCUCCAGAUCCUCCAGAGACAAACACAAUGAAGACGAGCGAGCGCUGACAGCUGCUCCGCCUGCAGGGACCCCCCACCCCCCCACCCUAACAAACGAGAGAGAGAGAGAGAGAGAGAGAGAGAGAGAGAGAGACAGAGAGAGAGACAGAGAGAGAGAGAGAGAGAGAGAGAGACGGGUUCUCUUCGUACACGCCGAUGAUCAGUCUGUCUGUGGCGCUCUCUCCGAGCAGCAGAGGACUUUUAUUUUGAAAGGGAAGGUGAUGGCGUGGAUCUGCUCGGGGGACGUGGAGCUGACGUGUCCUGACGCAGCAGCUGUUCGGGGACAGUGGACGCCAACACGCCGGAGCAGACGGACCGUGUCCUGAUGCGUGAAUGUUACCUGUUAAUCACACCUGAGCCGUUACCGUGACAACGAUAAGAACCGCCCGAGAGGGGCGACCAUCAACAACCGGGCCUGGGACAGAACACCUGUGCUGCAGUCAGCUGAUCGGCUCCUGUACGCCGUGACACUCAGAAAUACACUCGGUCACCGUAGCAACCACCUGUACUGAUCUGACAGCAGGAAGUGAUGUCAUCCUGGCGUCUGUGUGUGAAGGAUGAUCAGAGAGAGAGAGAGAUAGGUUGUCACUAUAGUUACAGUAACGGUUGCCGAGGUAACCGGCCCCCGAGGGCUGAACAGCUGUUACCAUGGAGUUGCCGUGGAGACGGGCAGUCAGCAGAGAGAGAGAGAGAGAGAGAGAGAGAGAGAGAGAGAGAGAGAGAGAGAGAGAGAGAGAGAGAGAGAGAGAGAGAGAGAGAGAGAGAGAGAGAGAGAGAGAGAGAGAGAGAGAGAGAGAGAGAGAGAGACAGAGAGAGAGGGAGAGAGAGAGAGGAGAGAGAGAGAGAGAGAGAGAGAGAGAGGGAGAGAGAGAGAGAGAGAGAGAGAGAGAGAGAGAGAGAGAGAGAGAGAGAGAAAGAGAGAGAGGGAGAGAGAGAGAGAGAGAGAGAGAGAGAGAGAGAGAGAGAGAGAGAGAGAGAGAGAGAGGGAGAGAGAGAGAGAGAGAAAGAGAGAGAGGGAGAGAGAGAGAGGAGAGAGAGAGGGAGAGAUAGAGAGAGAGAGAGGGAGAGAGAGAGGGAGAGAGAGAGAGAAAGAGAGAGAGGGAGAGAGAGAGAGAGAGAGAAAGAGAGAGAGGGAGAGAGAGAGAGGAGAGAGAGAGGGAGAGAGAGAGAGGGAGGGAGAGAGAGAGAGAGAGAGAGAGAGAGAGAGAGAGAGAGAGAGAGAGAGAGAUGUGAUUAAUUUCUUUUUUUUUAAUUUACAGAUGAACGGAUCAGAGGGAGAGCUGGAGUACGAAGAGAUCACACUGGAGAGGGUGAGACACACACACACACACACACACACACAUACAGUCACUGUCACACACACACACACACACAGAGUUAUUUUGGUCUCUGCUGGUUUAUUUUAGAAACUUCUGGAAGCUGAAGUCUGAACUCUGUCAGAGACGAACUUUGAUCAUGAAUCACUUUAGUCUGCAUGAUCAAUAACACACACACACACACACACUCAAAUACACACACGACUGUUUCCUACUGAUGCGACUCUAAAGAAACAGACUGUACAGAUUACUGAUACCAAAAACGUGUGUGUGUGUUUGUGUGUGUGUGCGUGUGUGUGUGUAGGGGAACUCUGGCCUUGGUUUCAGUAUCGCUGGAGGGACAGAUAAUCCUCAUAUCGGAGACGACCCAUCCAUCUUCAUCACAAAGAUCAUCCCAGGGGGCGCCGCCGCUCAAGACGGGCGCCUCAGGUAAACACACACACACACACACACACACACACACACACACACACACACACACACACACACACACACAUCUUUACACACCUUCACCAGCGAGGAGACAAACUGACAUCACUUCUCUCUCCGUCUGCAGGGUGAACGACAGCAUCGUUUUUGUCAACGACGUGGACGUACGCGAGGUCACGCACUCCAUCGCUGUGGAGGCGCUGAAGGAGGCGGGGCCUGUCGUCAGGCUGUACGUCCUGCGGCGACGCCCACCAAAUGAACGAGUCACACAAAUCAAGCUGAUGAAAGGGCCGAAAGGUGAGGAGGUCUGAUGGUGCGUUCCAGUUAGAUGUCGGAACUGAGAAUGGCGUCACACCCGAGUUUCCCGCCGUUUCAGUUUUUAAGUCGGAAAAAGCAAAAUCGGAGACGGAAACAAGAUGGCUACAUCAACGAAGGUUAUUGUAGUGCAGCCUUAUAUCCAGACAAGGCAAGCGUUAAAAUAACUUUCGUAGACGUAGCCAUCUUGUUUCCAUCUACGAUUUUGCUUUUUUCCGACUUAAUAACUGAAACGGCGGGAAACUCGGGUGUGACGCCAUUCUCAGUUCCGACAUCUAACUUCUGAGGAAACUGGAACACAGCAUGGACCUAGCAUGGCUGUGUACCCGUGACGUUCCUGAUGGGUCGAACACGCCGCAGCCUCCAUGGCGUUCUCUCAGGAAGUAAAGGUUCUACCCUGUUCUGUGGACCCGUUAUUUAGGAGGUUCUGAGCGAAUCAAACAAGGUCAGCAUCUGCAGGCUUUUAUUCUGGCGGGUCUCUUCCUGUCUGCUCUAGGUCUCGGCUUCAGUAUAGCCGGUGGUGUCGGGAACCAACAUGUUCCAGGAGACAACAGCAUCUACGUCACGAAGAUCAUCGAGGGCGGGGCGGCACACCGAGACGGACGGCUACAGAUCGGGGACAAAAUCCUAGCGGUGAGAAAAAAAACCUGAAAAUGUUCUUUAUUGAUGAUCCACAGUGACCUGAACCUGCCUGACCCCUGACCUCUGACCCCGCAGGUGAACCACAUGUCUCUAGAAGAUGUCCUACACGAAGACGCCGUGGCCGCCCUGAAGAACACAGGAGAGGUGGUCUACCUGAAGGUGGCCACGCCCACUUCGCAGUACAUCCACUCUGUUGAUCGAUACAGCCCCCCCGACCUGACCAGCUGUAAGUACACCUGAGACCAUCCACACCUGAGACCAUCCACACCUGAGAACAUCCACACCUGAGAACAUCCACACCUGAGACCAUCCACACCUGAACUCAAGGGUCCUCGUUUAUCAACCGUGCGUACGAACAUUCUUACGUAAAGUCGGAAUUGAUCGACCCGGACUUGUUCUUAGGAACGCGAGUAAACUGAAGCCGAACUCUGAGCAUGCUUACACUCAAACCCUAGUGGUAGAACAGUGGAACUACAACUAGAACCAUCAAAGGAGUCACAGUGUUCAGCAAUCUCAAACUUCACACAUGUUCUCUGUUCCCUCUGUACAAAAUCGAUCAAUUAGUUAUUGAUCAGACAUUUUGAAUGAUUGGUGUGACGAGCUAUCAUCAUCCCAGUGACCAUCCAGCUCCUGUCCACCCUAACCCGACAUUUCAGCCUGAGAUCGGAGACAUAUACGACAUUUCACAGACAACGCUAACAGAAUCAUGUCGGCAGAGUUGAUCAAUAAUUUCUCCGACCUCGACUUACAUCCAGUUCUCAAACACACGUCAGCAACACGCCGAAAUAAAACCAGGAUUUCACGCCAUCGCCGGAUUCCCAUUCAGGCAUUUUUAAAGGGAUUGUUGAUACCAUAUAUGGUCAAUAGGAGGCGUGUCUGAAUGUAAAUUACCCUAACCAUGAACGAGCACGGUGGGAGCAGACAGGUGGGAUUUAUCAUCACCGAUUAUUUACUGACCGGUGUCCGCAUGUUAGAGAAAUACGAUUUUCUUGUUCUUACGCACAUUCGACAUUUCAUUUCAUUUCAUUCCUACUCACCGUUGAUGAAUGAGGACCCUGGACUCCAGAUGUUUCUGAAACUACCGAGUUCUACCUGAGAGAAAAACCAGUAAACCCAGUCUGUGAACCAGUUUGAUGUUCCUGUAGCGCCCCCUCAGGACUAACGCUACAGUGACGUCUGUGGGCAUAGACAGGUGUAGUCUGGUUCCUGUAGGCAGGUGUAAACAGUCUCAGAUUCAUUCAGUUCUACAGUCACCACUAUGGGGCAGCAGCAGACUCCAGGUCUCAUAUUGUGGUCUUUUUUUCCAGCCUACAUGGAGCCGGACUACAUGUGCGAUUACCCACAAGCCCUCCCUCCCCCGUCUCCACGGCGAUACUCCCCGAUCCCCCGGGGCAUGCUGGGAGAGGACGAGUACUCCCGGGAGCCUCGCCGGGUCUGCGUGCAGCGCGGAUCCACCGGACUGGGCUUCAACAUUGUGGGCGGGGAGGACGGCGAGGGGAUCUUCAUCUCCUUCAUCCUCGCAGGAGGACCAGCGGACCUGAGCGGGGAGCUCCGCAAGGGGGACCAGAUCCUCAGUGUGAGUACAGGAUCCUCCAGAGCAGACUCACAGUGGGGUCAAAGGGCAUCUUUGGGAGAACUAGUGAUUCGUUGUCUUCACGUCUGAGUGUCGUUAGUGUAGAAAUAAAACCGAAUGAUGUUUUUACCAAUAAUCUGACCCACAGGAAACGACAGUGGGUCUAGAAUGGCGCCCUGUGGAACCAUCUUGGUUCCGCCUUCUGCCAGAAUACGGAUUUGAAGCCGAAAAGUUCUCAGUAAUUCCGGGUUUUUUUCUCCUCUUCCUGAAACCAACAUUGCGCAGUAGCGUUGUACGCAUUCGGCGAGAGAGUCGCUGUGAUGACGCUCGGCUCAAACAGCGUAUCCCCUGGUGAUCUCCUCAAUCUCUGUCCUCCCAUUGGCUGUAUCAGGUGUCAAUCAUCAAAAACAUGAACCCCCUAAUAACUUUUAAAAACUGAGCUGUACAGAAAAAAGAGGACUUGGUGUCGGUUCUAGAUACAGUCUAUGGUGCUGAGAAGAGGACCCGACAGUGUCCCCCUAACAUCUGUCAGAGCGGUUCUGAUGACUUCAGAAUUCGUAGGAAGGUUUGAUGAUGUCACAGAUGUUCCCGGACUGUUUCAGUUUGUUUACAAAAGUCCAAAGGUUUCUCAAACGUUCCGGAAUGUCAUUGAUCUUUUAGAAUGUCUUUGAUGUUAUGGAAUGUUCGGUGAUAUUCUAGAAUGUUCUACAGCCUCCAGAGGGUCACCACUAUAAAAUUCACCUCACAAACGGAGCUGGUAGGAAUUGGCGGACAGUGAAUAUCGCCGCCGUUCUGGAUGUGGUGGAAAUUGGGGGUUAAAACCUGCGUCUGAAAACCUCAGGGUUGAGUCUGUGGGGAGAAAGAAAACCUGAACUUCAUCAAAGUUAGAUCUUCAGUCCUAAAGGACGUCACAAGACCGCUCUGUCUUUGAGCUCUGUCCAAGUUACUUCACAGUUUAAAUAUACAUGUGUGUGUGUGUGUGUGUGAGAACAGGUGAACGGGGUGGAUCUCAGGUAUGCAACACAUGAACAGGCAGCAGCAGCUCUGAAGAACGCCGGACAGACCGUUACCAUAGUAGCUCAGUACAGACCUGAGGGUGAGCGUGCACACACACACACACACACACACACACACACACACACACACACACACACACUUUUUUGAGCUAACACACUAAAACACAGAGCUGGCACUUAUAUGAGACACACCAACAGACAGAUGAAGCUAACACUGAGUGUGUGUGUGUGUGUGUGUGUGUGUGUGUGUGUGUGUGUGUGUGUGUGUGUGUGUGUUUUCAGAGUACAGCCGGUUUGAAGCGAAGAUCCACGACCUGAGGGAGCAGAUGAUGAACAGCACGUCAGGGAGUCUGAGAGCCAACCGCAGCUUCUACAUCAGGUGAGGUCUACCUGUCCAGGUGGCCAUAUUUUAUUUUCGUGGGAUGGUAGGGGAAGGUCCCACCUCCUUUGCCUCUUCUAGCCAAUCACAGGCGAAGGAGGGCGGGACCUUCCCCUACCAUCGUACAAAAAAAAUCCUGCGUCCAGGUGAGUCCUCCGGGGUACAGGUGUGUGUGUGUGUGUGUGUGUGUGUGUGUGUGUGUGAGCGGGUGUCAUGAAACAGUGUGUGUGUCCUCCUGUUUCAGGGCUCUGUUCGACUAUGACAAGCAGUGGGACUGCGGCGUCCUAUCACAGGCUCUGGAUUUUAACUUUGGGGAGGUGCUUCACGUGAUGGACAGCGCCGACGACGAAUGGUGGCAGGCCAGACGAGUGAACCAGCAGGGGGAGCUAGAGGAGCUGGGCUACAUCCCGUCCAAACACAGGUCUGUACUGAACCAAGAACUGCAGUAUGUGAGGUAGUAACAUGUCUUAGGACACUGAGGUAUUACUGUAGUACUACUGUAGUACUACUGUAGUAUUCCCACAGUAUUACUGCACCAGUCUAACCCCUCCCCCACCCUGAUGUCUGUGUGUGUCUGUGUGUGUCGUUGCAGGGUGGAGAGGAAGGAGUGGUCUCGCAUGAAGAGCAAAGGUGAAGAUGAACACGAACACGGACUGAACAAGUGUGUUACUGUGUGUGUAUCAGUGUGUAACUCUGUGUGUGUGUGUGUGUGUGUCUUGGUUCGCAGGUCGGGAAGGUUUCGUCCACAGCUACGAGCUCAUCACUCAGAUUGAAGGUGAGUGUCACUUUGACCCCAGAGGAAACGUCCACUCAUAGGUCACAAUCGUUGACAACAACACGGACUGUCCCUUUAAGUGGGUUCAGACUACAGAGUGUGUGUUGUUGUGUUGUUGUGUUAUGCUCCAGCUUCACUGUUGUUUGUUAACACGGUCCGUGAUUGGUCGGACGGUCUUGUCAGAGAUGAAUACCCUGAACUCCAUCUCAGCUGGUGUCACGAUUCCGGAACGGCUGCGGUGGAAUCGUUUGUGAGGCGAAUUUUGUGGCGGAUUAUAGAGUCGUCUCUCUAAAGACAGACACAUAGACAUAUAAGCAGUAGAUUGUGUCCUUCCAGAGGAGGAAAUCUACUUCUAGACUUCUAGAAUCAGCAUCUCCUCAUCCAUGGAGUCAUCGGGGUGAAAUGACGUCUAAAAACCUUUCACUUGUUCGUCUCCGCCCGUUUGCAUGGUGUGUCCGGCGAUCCGCAGAGGAACGGAAAGAAGUCGGUGUAAAUUGACACGUUAACUUGAAUGGUUACGAUCAGCUACGAUCGGAGGAUACGACCUUUUAGGAGACGAUCAGGAUGAAGGUGGAAGUUGGGGGUCAGUCCUCCUCCUGAAAUCGGCACAGUGAGUCAGAACUUAGAUUUUAACGUCAGGACCCGGGCCCAGAUGAUGCUGAAAAACCAAAAACAGUCCUGUUAGCAUCAAGAACUUCCUCCUCUCUUUGACCGGAGUUCUCCUAACGUCACCUUCAGACGGGUAGACCGGUCCUCCACCUGCCUCUGCUCCAUGAUCUUGAUUGGCCAGUAGGCCGGGGUUGUAUACUUAGCAUGAGUUACCAUGGUGAUGGAUAAUAAACCCCCUCUAACCCACUAUGUCAGAAUAAAAUUGGGAAAGAACUCCACCCCCAUGUUCCACCUGUUUACAUGGCGGGCCAUAACCUAUGCUGCAGCCAGUCAGCAGGGGGAGCUCUGUCCAUUUGGGAACCGUCAUAUUGUCUAUCUUUUGAUGUGACCUAAUGCUGCGUUUGAGUUUCCUCAGAAGUCAGAUGUCGGAGCUGAAAAUGACGUCACACCCGAGUUCCCAGCGUUUCAGUUACCAAGUCGGAAAAAAGCAAAAUCGGAGGCGGAAACAAGAUGGCUACAUCUACGAAGGUUAAUUUAGCGCUUGUCUUGUCCGAAUAUAAGGGUAGUGCUAAAAUAACUUUCGUAGCUCCGACAUCUGACUUCCGCAGUAACUGGAACGCAGCAUAUGUCAUCACAGGUUUGUCCGACAGGUGAGUCUGUCAAUCAUGCUCAGGUGAUGAAGGGGUUAACUGGAUCUGUCGCUCUUUCUGUCUCAGUGGACUACGCUCGUCCCGUCAUCAUCCUCGGCCCGACCAAAGACCGGGUAAACGACGACCUGCUGUCGGAGUUCCCCGAUAAGUUCGGCUCCUGCGUCCCUCGUAAGUUUCACAUCCUCAGACAGGAAGUGGGAUGAAAGCAGACAGGAAGUGACCCUCUUGUCUCUCUGUUCAGACACGACUCGCCCUCGCAGGGACUACGAAACUGAUGGGCGGGACUAUCAUUUUGUGGCGUCCCGGGAACAGAUGGAGCGGGACAUCCAGUCCCAUCGCUUCAUCGAGGCGGGGCAGUACAACAACCACCUGUACGGGACGUCGGUGCAGAGCGUGAGACAGGUGGCCGAGCAGGUGAGACAGGUGUACAGACGCUCAGCUGGUCUGAACUGUGAGGGCGAACCGAGGGUUCAACGUGUGUGUGUGUGUGUGUGUGUGUGCGUCCAGGGGAAACACUGCAUCCUUGACGUGUCGGCGAACGCAGUGAGGAGGCUGCAGGCGGCUCAGCUCCACCCCAUCGCCAUCUUCAUCAGACCGCGCUCCCUCGAGAACAUCCUGUAAGUCUGUGACAUCACCAGUGAGGUCACCAGUGAGGUCAUGGCGGUAAAGACUGACCUCGCCGUCCGCCCGUGUUUGUCGUUGACGAUCUUCUCCUUUUCUUUCUUUUCUCACUCCUUCUACGGCGCUCUGAACUACUGCGAAACCUUCUGUGCGUGUGUGUGUGUGCAUGUGUGUGUGUGUGUGUGUGUGCGUGUGUGUGUGUGUGUGUGUGCAGGGAUCUGAACAAGCGUCUCUCGGAGGAUCAGGCGAGGAAAGCUCUGGAUCGAGCCAUCAAACUGGAGCAGGACUUCCUGGAGUGUUUCACAGGUGAAAUCAACUUCCUGAAAUCGGAGGAUGUCCCGCCCUUUACAAAGUUAACUUCCUGUGUGUGUGUGUGUGUGUGUGUGUGUGUGUGUGCAGCUAUCGUGCAGGGGGACAGUUUCGAAGAAGUCUACCACCUGGUGAAGGUGGUCAUCGAGGAACAAAGCGGUCCUUACAUCUGGGUACCUGCGCGCGACAGACUCUGA